AUGACAUCUAAAAAAGAUGUGAAAAGUUUAGAGAAGGAUGGAAAAGUUGUUACAAAAUGGGGGGAUGACAGUAAAACAGAAAGUUUGCUGAAAAUUUGCAUUGAAGAAAUAGAAGCGGGUAAUAGGCCAACUACCCACUUCAGUAAAGAAGGGUGGAAGAAUAUUACUGAAAAAUUUCAAAAGAAAACCGGAUAUGCUUAUGAUCGCACUCAACUAAAAAAUAGAUGGGAUACAUUGAAAAGAGAGUUUUCGUCAUUUGUGAAGUUAGUGGAUAAGCAAACUGAAGUAGGAUGGGACCAUGAAAAGAAAACUAUCAUGGCUGACGAUGAUUGGUGGGCUGAAAAGAGUAAGGAGGAUCCAGAUAUUUUGAAAUGGAAACAUGGAGGACCUAAGUUUAUUAAAUUGCUAGAUAAAUGUUUCAAGGGUGCCAUAGCUACUAGAUUCGCCCUUUACAAACCAUAUGAAGAUCAAUUACCAUGUGAAGGAUCAGAAUCUGUUUUUGAAGACGGUCGUGAGAAUAACACAAUUACUGAGGAUGAAGGAGAUGCAGAUAAUUUUGAUGUUGGCAAUGAAGUACAACCCAACCCAACACCAAAUUCUUCCAGAAAGAGAAAGGUUUUAGGGAAAGGAGAGAAAAUCGGAGCAACAGAGAAACUUCAACGAUCUCUUGAUCGUAUACUCGAUGGGUUUGGGCCAAGCCAACAAGGACUCCCAGAAGAUAACAUUGGUUAUGCUAAAUGUUUGAAAAUGUUGGAUGAAAUCCCAUCCUUGGUAAAAGGAUCACAUUUACACUUUAAGGCUGUUAGAAUCCUUGCCAAUAAAGAAAAUAGGACAGCAUUUUCUUACUUCAUGAAUACCUCCACUGCUGAUAUGGCUCUUGAUUGGAUAGACAUUUGUCCCGAAAAAAAUAUUCGCGUGAUCGUUGAUAGGAUUGCAUGCUUCUUAGAAAAAAACCAUUACCAGAUGGGUGACAAUUCAAAUAAGAGUUUGGGUGAGAGUUCAGAUGAUAGUUCAUAUGAGAGUGACAAUACUUCUGAAAUAGAUAUUGAAGUCCAACAGGUUAAUAGAAGUCAAUAUCAUAUUGCAACGGUGAUGGCUGCUUUUAUGGUUACAAACCAUGUUUUGAAAUACAUUGUCAAAGAAAAGAAAACUACGUAA